AUGGACGGCGGCCGGUCGCACAGCGCACCGCUGCUGUCGCGGAGCGCGCCUUCGCUGGCGAGGAGCGCGCCCUCGCUCCCUCUCGCCUACAACCUGCGCCAGUGCAGCAAGGAUCGCCGGCGCAUCGAGCACACCCGGGCGGCGGUCAGGAUCUCCCACCCGCUGGGCGAGAUCGACCUGGUGGGAGGCAACGGCCGCUGGAGGCAGAAGAGAGCGAAGGAGCAGUGGAUCCUCGACCAGGCCGAGGCGGAGAAGCAGCGGCGGGAGCAGCAGAUCCUCGAGGACGAGAAGAGGCGGCGGCUCGAGGAGAGGGAGGCCCGGCGGCGCAAGCAGCAGGAGGAAGACCAGCAACGCCAGCGGGCUCUGGAGGAGCAGGCCCGGAAGGAGCGCCUCGAGUUGGAGGAGAGAGAGAGGCAGGAGGAAGAGGAGAGGCGCCUGAAGGCGCUUCAAGACCACGAGGAUUGGCUUGCCAGGCAGCCCAAGACGUGCACCACGUGCAUGGGGUCCGGCAAGUGUACUCAGUGCGGCGGCAAGGGCUUCUUCUUCGCCAUGUUCCUGUCGCCCUCGGUUGGCCUGCACGCCACGACGGGGGACUUCGGCCGCGCGCAGCAGGGGUGCCCAGAGUGCGGCGGCUGUGCGCAGAACAUUCGCGGCGACCUGGUGCAGGGUUCCGGCCAUUGCCACAAGUGCGACGGCGUGGGCAUGGUGACGCCGGAGGUGGUGGAGCACAGGGUCUCAGUGGUCCGGAACGGCGGCGGAUCACCAUCCGGUCGCACGCCAACGGGAAGCGCACGCAUCACUUCGGGAGCCCCGAGGGGAGCCCCCUGGCGGAGAGCCGCAAGUCCAGGUCCAGCGCGUUCGGCCCGGAGGGCGGGGGCCGCGGCCCGGGCGACCGCAAGUCCAGGACCGGAGGGUUCUCGAUGGUCUCGGGCUCGUCGCCGUGAGCGCUCGCGGCCUUCGUCUGUGCUCAUAUCGAUCAGAGUAGAAAUAUUGGGCGGGGCCAAGACCGGACGAAUCCUCCCAAAAAGAAGUGCUUGGGGGUUUCGCGUGGACUUGUGGGACCAGGGCAGGGCCCCCCCUCCCGAGCUCGCGGAGCUCCCUGGGGGCGGCGCCGGGAGCGCCGCCAGGGGACCCUCGCCGGCCUCGAGUCCGACGCCGAUCAGAGAAACCCGCACUGGGCUCCAGCCGUUCAUUAUGGGUAUAUAUACAGGUUUGUGUUCCCUGGCUUCCGCCCCUGGCAAUGAAGGGUUUCCCCCCGCCCAGCGGCCGCGGAGUGGCGCCGGGCGGGGGAGGCGGCGCCCUUCUUCGGCCUCAGAAGGGGCGGGCGCCACAGACGUGGACGGGCUGGUGGGCCGCGGGGCCUCCGCGGCAAGGCUGGCGGGCCCCGUACUCAGUCCUGUGUCCUCCUCGACCUGCUCCUCGUCCUCCUGCUCCCUCCACAUGGAGUCUCUUCCACUUGUGUGUCCUCCUCCUUUUCAUGGUCUGUUUCGUGGGCCACUCUCCUAA